UGUCGCGGUUUGACCGGCUGUCGCAGGGCAACCCGCUGUUCAUUGACGUGACGUGGGGCGCGGGUGGUGGCGACCCUACCGCCAUCGAGCUCCCGACGAGCUCCAUGACGGUCGCGUCCACCGCGCUCAACCUGUGCGGACUCGAGACGAUGCUGCACAUGACGUGCGCCAACCAGACCAAGGCGCAGCUCACAGAGACGCUCCAGCGCGCAAAGAAUAACGGCAUUCGCAACAUUCUCACCCUCCGCGGCGACCCCGCCCCAGGCGAAGGCUGGAAGACCAUCGAGAACGGCUUUGGCUAUGCCACAGACCUCGUCAAGCACGUCAGAGACACCUUUGGCGACUACUUUGGCAUCUGCGUCGCCGGCUAUCCAAAUGGCCACCCGGAAGCAAAGUCUCUCGAGAGCGAUCUGCAACACUUGAAGGAAAAGGUCGACGCAGGCGCUGAAUUCAUCAUCACUCAGCUCUUCUUUGACGUGGAGACCUUCUUUGAGUUUGUAAGAAAGUGCCGCGCGAUCGGCAUCAAAGUCCCCAUCAUUCCAGGCGUGCUCCCGAUCCAGGGCUACUCGUCGCUCCGCAAUCUCGUCAAGUUGAGCAACCUGCAGCCGCCGCAGUACAUCCUCGACACGAUCGAGCCCAUCAAGGACGACGACGAGGCCAUCCGCCGGUAUGGCGUGCACCUUGCCACCAACAUGUGCCGCGAGCUCCUCGACCGCGUCGACGAGUUUGGCAACCGCAUGAUCCAGGGCGUGCACUUUUACACGCUCAACCGCGAGGUUGCCGUCCGCGAAAUUCUGCUCCAGCUCGGUCUGUGGUCGGAGGGCCCUCGAAGCCUGCCCUGGAAGACCUCCGCAAACGAGCGCCGCUCGAGCGAGGACGUGCGACCCAUCUUCUGGUCUUGCCGCCCAAAGAGCUACCUGCUGCGCACUCAAGAGUGGGACGAUUUCCCCAACGGUCGCUGGGGUGAUUCGUCGUCGCCCGCAUUCGGCGAGCUCACCGACUACUACCUCUUCCACCUCCAAGACACUGACGACACUGCCCGCAAAGAAAUGUGGGGCCGGUCUUGCGAGUCCAUUGCCGACAUUAUCACCGUGUUUACAAACUACCUGAGCGGCAAAGGCAACGUCCAGCGCUUGCCGUGGAACGAAGAGCCCAUCGCCCCAGAAACCCGCACAGUUCUCGGUCCCCUCAUCCGCUUGAACGAGCGCGGCGUCCUCACCAUCAACUCACAGCCUCGCGUCAACGGCUUGCGCUCUGACGAUCCCACUCACGGUUGGGGCGGUCCUCGCGGUUAUGUCUAUCAAAAGGCCUACCUCGAGUUUUUCAUUGCAAGCGAUCGACUUCCCAACCUGCUUCGUGCUAUUGACGCCUUCCCAUCUGUCCAAUAUCACGCCGUCAACUACAGCGGCACGGAGGAUCUGCGAAACCUUGAAAACGAAACCCCCACUGCCGUCACCUGGGGCGUGUUCCCUGGCAAAGAGAUUGUUCAACCGACCGUGGUUGACCCGAUCAGCUUUGGCGUCUGGAAGGAUGAGGCCUUCGCGCUGUGGAAGACACAAUGGGGCUCGCUGUACCCGCCAGAAUCGCCAUCGCGCAAGUUCCUGAGCGAAGUGCACGACACGUUCUAUCUUGUCAAUUUGGUGGACAAUGACUUUGUUGCCGGCAACAUUUACGACGUUUUCGACAUGCUCUUUGAGCUUGAAGACGCCGCGGCAGUACCAACGCAAGUGUAUGCGACCGCUUGAUUUUUUGAACUUUUUUUUUCCCCAGCUGUCUGUCCUUCCUCGUCGUUUCAUUUACCCGCUUGACCACCUGGAUUGUCGGUUCCCCACUUGACGUCUUGUCGUUCUUGCUUCCAUUUGUCGCUGCUGGGGCUUGUCUGCGCUCGUGGUGCACAAGUAGUUCUAAAUCCACUAUUCCAUCCGAAAUCAAUUCGC